AUGUCAAGGCUGACACAAGAGCAUGUGGUCGUCGCCACUGUCCAGUGGACCACAGAAGAGAUCAACAUCCUUCAAAAGGCAUUUGAGCCUGCUGAGUUUGUUCAUAUCCCCAACGGCGAGCAGCACAUAUUCCACCAGGCCAUAAAGCGCGCCCAUAUCGCCAUAUUAGCCAGUGACGUCACCCCGGAAAUGCUCUCCGGUGCGCCAAAUCUGAUUUGGAUUCAUUGUGAUCACGCUGGUCUCAACAAAUCGGCCCGUCCCGAGUUUUUUGAGCGCGGUCUGGUCAUCACCAGCUCAGCGGGCCGCUCAGCACCUGCACUGGCUCAGCAUGCCUUUUUCUUCGCUCUCUCAUUGAGAUACGACUCUAGGGGCUUACUUCAGCGCCAGAUGUCGUGUCAAUGGCAUGAUAGACGUGAAGAGCUGCGUCUGCGGGGUGCCCUCUGGGGCCAGAGCUUGGGAAUCCUGGGCUUUGGGAAUACAGGUAAAGAGAUGGCCCUGUUAGGUAAGGCUUUUGGAAUGCACGUUACGGCUAUGAGGCGAAGAAAGCUCAGUGUUGGCUCCAAAUUACCUGAUAACGUCGACGUUAUGCUGAGUACCGAAAAUGGAGACAGUAUUGGAAAGCUUCUUGGAUGCGAUGUCGUCAUGCUCGCAGCUAGCCUUACUGACCAGACACAUCAUCUGUUUGGAGCGGAUCAGUUCAAGCAGAUGAAGCCAUCCUCUGUUAUCAUCAAUAUGGGGAGAGGAUCUUUGAUUGAUGAAACUGCUUUAGUAGCCGCCUUGGAGGCUGGCGAAAUUGCAGGUGCUGGGCUUGAUGUCUUCGAGAUUGAGCCAUUGCCCAUGCAGUCACCUCUAUGGAAGUUACCAAAUGUGAUUAUCACACCUCACUCGACACCAGGAAUGCCAGAUCGCACGGCUCGGUCAAUAGAGAUCAUCUGUGACAAUAUCCAACGGUUCAAAAACAACCAGCCGUUAGUCAACGUAUUAGAACUGGACGAUAUAUAUACUAAGGGUCUGUGA